UACACAAACAUACGCCCUGCAGCUGUUAUCUUGUCUUGCGGUUACUUUUCCUUUUUGUUAGCAAUUUUUCCAUCGUCAUAAGCGUUUUUAGUUAAAUUUACAUAUAUAUUAUGCAUUUUCGUCCACCGACUGCCAUUCUAGAUGUGAAUUCCUAAGAUGUACCGAAUCGAGAAAAACGUUGAAACAAUGCCGAGCCAACAGCAAGAGCGCAUUCGGUUGUCAUCGAUGGGUGGCGAAUCGACAUGCAGCAACAGCAGCAGCAGCGGUGGCAGUGGCAAUUCGGUCAUGAAGAUAAGACACCGUGUAGUGAUGAUGGGUACAGCCAGAGUGGGCAAGACUUCCAUUGUUACGCAGUUCCUUUACGACCGGUUUCCAGUCCGAUACAAGGAGACCAUCGAAGAAUUGCACAGGGGUGAUUACGAGCUGCCCGAUGGCGCCCGGUUGACAUUGGAAAUUUUAGAUACAUCGGGAGCCUAUCAGUUUCCAGCUAUGAGAGACCUAUCCAUAAGCACAGCAGAUGCUUUUCUCUUAGUAUUCUCGGUCGACCGAGAAGAUACUUGGGAUCAAGUGAAACGAUUUAAAGAACAGAUAAAUGAAAUGCGAGGUCCAAAGAUACCAAUAGUCAUCGUAGGAAACAAAUGUGAGCUUUCAGAUAGGUUUUUGCCAGUUGAAAUUACUGAAGCCAUUGCCAGAUACGACUGGGAAUGUGGUUACGUGGAAUGCUCGGCUAAAGACAAUAGAAACAUCGUGCAAGUGUUUAAGGAACUGUUAGCUCAAGCAAAGGUUCAAUACAAUCUGAGCCCGGCCGUGAAACGCAGACGAAUGUCACUUCCUAGUUACGUGGAAAACCGUUCAGGUUCAGCCAAAGGUCGUUAUAUGCUCAAAAGGAAUUCGUGCACUGUAGCUUAAUACGAACAACGUCCAAUAUUUACUCAAUGUACUAUUUAAUUUGCAACAAUAUUAAGUUAGGUAACAUAUUAUCCCGAUUGUAUGUACCUAGACGAUACAAUGUUUAGAAUAUUAACACGAUAUUGUACUUAUAGUCACUAGCCCUCCCCUCCUCCCCUUCCCUGUUGAACCGCAUUUGUUUGUACAUUGAUCAUAGCAGCUAAAGGUCAGCGUUCGUUUUCAAAUUUGUGCUUAGCAUAACAAUGGUAAUUGUUACCGGCUGAAUGGUCCUGUAAUGCUUUCGCUAAUAAUUCACCUUUUGAUAGUAAUAAAUUAAAACCUAUGUGUUAUGUAAAUUAUAUUAAUCUAUAAUAUCGUAUAUAUUAUAUACAUAUAUAUUAUGAUAAAAAUGUUUAAUAUACCGUGAAAGUAGAGAUUUUGAUUAGACAUUUCAAGAGGCAAAGUUUUCUGUCCAAGAAAACUUCUAUACUUCUAUUCAAUUAUUAAUGCAUUUUUUCCCUCAACAAACUUACAUAUUAUUAUUGACCUUAGUACAAUACACGGAACGAAAUAUAGGAGCUUUAUUCAUUAAACGAAACAGUUUACGGAUAAUUAAGGGUGGUUUUUAUAAAUUAAUUAUAAUUAUAAGAACGAAUUGAAGGAAAAUGUGUACACCAGAAAUGAGCUUUGUGAUUAGAAUUUAUUGGGUUGUUAAUAAACAAACUAAAUACACUGGUUACCUAUACAUGGAAUUGAUUAAAAAAGCGAUUUGUGUUAAAAAUGUAUAAUUAUUUUAAAAAUAUACCAUAAUUUUUAUUAGGAGAUAAAACUAGUUAAUAAUUAUUGAGUUUUAAAUAAAACAAGUAUAUGUAGUAUAAAAAUAAGUAUUACCUCAAAACGUGGGCUAAUUAAGUGUGAUUUUUUUUUUGUAUCAGCUUCGAAAUUAAAUGUUAUUAUACAUAUAAUAUAUUAUGAAUAAAUAUACAAAAUAUAUAUCCAAUACAUAUAUUAUAAUAUGCACAAGAUCAUUAAAACAUUAUACUUAUUAUAUAAUAUUAAA